GUACGUAACACAAUUGAUGUGUUUUAUGAACUCCAGCCUCUGAAAACGGCAGUUCUGUGUUUAAGGACGUUACCCUAGCAGGGGCACAUAUUCCCCACGGUGCAUAUUAAAGACAAGGAGAAUCCUGCCACAUGCAUAUCCUUAUUUUCUCUGAUCAACCCCUGUAURUGCACUGGGAACCAAGACUUCUGCAUUUGAGCUAGGAGCAGCCCCCCAACAUGACAAAAACACCAAGCAGAGCUCCUGGAUGAGAGAGAAACCCUGACAGUCAGUUCUACCCAACAGGACCAAACCAGCUUCACUAGAAACCACUGUUGUGGUUGAACAGCCACUACUGUUUUCCUUUCAGUUAUCUCACCAACCUGAAAUAUUCUCAAGCUUCAGUUACUACAUUUCUUCCAAAAGCUGGAAAAGGCCAAACACUCAGUAAAUCCAAAUAUCUGGUUCUGUUCCAGAAGACACUUGCAGAAGUGAUGUGAACUUAGCUUCCAAGAUGACUCUUUUACCAGGAGAAAAUUCUGAUUAUGACUAUAGUGCCCUGAGCUGUGCUUCAGAUAAUUCCUUCAACCACACGUUCUUUCCAGAAGCAGAAACCCUUAAGGGAGUCUUUUACCAAAGAGCCAGACUAAUUCACCCACAAGAAGAUCUCCUGAAAGGCAUUCACUCAGAUGAUCGGAAGCAUCAUAUUAUUAUAAACGUAGGAGGCAUUAAGUAUUUGCUCCCAUGGACCACGCUUGAUGAAUUCCCAUUGACACGUUUGGGCCAACUGAAAUUCUGUAACAAUUUUGAUGACAUUCUGAACAUCUGUGAUGACUAUGAUGUGACAUGUAAUGAAUUUUUUUUCGACCGCAAUCCUGGAGCCUUCAGGACCAUCCUGACCUUCUUGCGGGUUGGAAAACUUCGGCUCUUGCGUGAGAUGUGUGCAUUGUCCUUCCAGGAGGAGCUGCUCUACUGGGGAAUCGAGGAAGACAAUUUGGACUGGUGUUGUAAAAGGAGAUACCUGCAAAAAAUGGAGGAGCUUACAGAAAUAAAUGAAAGAGAAGAUGAUCUGCUAGAAAAUGAAAUCCCAGGUGAAACYGUGGAGGAGACAAAAUUUGGCCUGUGCAUGAAAAAGUUGCAAGACAUGGUGGAAAGGCCCCAGUCUGGCCUCCCUGGGAAGGUGUUUGCGUGUUUGUCUGUUUUAUUUGUAACUAUUACAGCAGUGAACUUGUCCAUCAGCACCAUGCCUGACCUAAGGGAGGAGGAAGAAAGGGGUGAGUGUUCCCAGAUGUGCUACAACAUUUUCAUUGUGGAGUCUGUCUGCGUGGCAUGGUUUUCACUGGAGUUCCUGCUAAGGUUCAUCCAGGCAAAGAGCAAAUUUGCCUUUCUGAGGAGACCGCUGACCCUGAUAGACAUAAUAGCCAUUCUGCCCUACUACAUCACUCUGCUACUAGACACCACCUCAGUGGGCUAUAAGAAGCCGAGCUCUGGGAGCAUCUACCUGGACAAAGUGGGGCUGGUCCUGCGGAUCCUCCGUGCCUUGCGGAUUCUCUACGUGAUGCGGCUGGCGCGGCACUCGCUGGGCCUGCAGACGCUGGGGCUGACGGCCCGCAGGUGCACGCGCGAGUUCGGCCUCCUGCUGCUCUUCCUCUGCGUGGCCAUCGCGCUGUUUGCGCCGCUGCUCUACGUCGUGGAGAACGAGAUGGCGGACUCGCAGGAGUUCACCAGCAUCCCCGCGUGCUACUGGUGGGCCGUCAUCACCAUGACCACCGUGGGCUACGGCGACAUGGUGCCCAGGAGCAUUCCCGGCCAGGUGGUGGCACUGAGCAGCAUACUGAGCGGCAUCCUCCUCAUGGCAUUCCCAGUCACUUCCAUUUUCCACACGUUCUCACGCUCCUACCUUGAGCUAAAGCAGGAACAGGAGAGAAUAAUGUACAGGAGAGCACAAUUCUUAUUAAAAACAAAGUCACAGAUAAGCAAUGCAUCACAGGGGAGUGAUAUUUUAUUCCCCAGUAUCUCUUCUGAGGCUAGGGACAAUGAAUGAAAUUUAAGUUACUAUUUCUCCUAAUGUCAAGUAAUGUUUUGUUGUAUCAGAUUCCAUCUUUUAAUUUGCUUUAGAAGAAGAGUUUUACAAYGGUAACCCUCAUAUUAAAAUGAAGAAAAGUGGCUAUUAAGCAGGAAUUCAUGUGGUUUAAGAAGCCUAUUAUUAUGCUGUUCCUUCCUUUCUCCAUGCUCUUGACCCCCCUCAAGCAAAAUGUAUAGCUAGGAUAGCUCUUCCUAUGAGAUCAUAGAGUGGGAUUUUGAGACUUAAAAGUUCUCUGGAAAAAACAGGAACAACAUAUAAUUAUGUACUGACAGGCUGCGUUGUCAUUUGUAAUACACAUUUUUUCAAUCAGUUCAGAAUGUAUAUAAUCAUUAAACAGGCUAUCCCCCUUUUUUGUMCUUAUGUAUAAUGUAAAUAGAACAAAAUCAGUGAUCAAAUUCUCUCCAAGCAGAAUGCCACAGAGCAGGAGCACAAUGGAACUAACACGGUAUAUUCAUCCCCUUCUGCUCUUAAAAAGCAUCAUGAUUUGUCAUUCACAAAGGCAAAUGCAUCUUUUCUUUUGCCCUAAAUGYAAUAGAAAGGAAGGAAUUGAGCUGUUUGUAUCAUCAGGCAACCUUGCUUAGGAAUGUAAAUAGUCAUAGGUCACCAGUUUCAAAAUUUAGAUGAAGUUAUGGCGUUGAUCCUGUGUCGCCGAAUAUAGUACUCCCAGGAACAAAGUCUUUGAGUUUUGUAUCAUUUAAUAUUGUUAUUAAGGGGCCACUAGCUGCAAAUCAAAUGAAACAUAUCUGAUACACGCCAGUCGUUCCCUACCAUCUGUUGCCAUGUCUUUUCGCUUUACUUCAGAUAGAAGCAGAAUUGAGAGAGGACUGUUUCCAGGGGACACCCUACCAUUACUUGGCAAAUCGGUGCUGCGGCACCAUUCACGUUCAGCCUUUGGUUCCCAAAAGAGGCAAAAAAUAUAUGGUCGUGGGAAGAUGCCAAUGAUGAAAAAAGAAAAUAUCAUUUGAGUCAUGGGGUGGGGAGAUUGGCAGCUUUACACUUAACUGUCCUCAAUCAUGAGUGACUUACUUAACUGUUCCUCUACCAUUACUACAGAUAUCAUUGCCAACUGAGAAUACAAUAGGAUACAUGAAGGCAGUUAAGUCCUCAAAACACAAGCGUGUGUUCUUCAUGCACACACAAGUCUUGGUCCAGGCUGAAGCCCAUGGCAGUGCACAGGUGAGGGACCCUCAGGUUUGGCACCUGUUUCUAUGGAGAUUAAUGAGAGGCCUCCCAUUUAGCUUACAGGGAACGCAACUGGGUUGCAUAACUGCUCCAGAGACAAAAUCCAGGAACUUAACAGAAAAAUCAAACCCAUUUGUUUGACUGUGUGUGUUCUCAGAGGUAAAGAAAAGCUAAAUUUAAGAGUUUCAUCUUUUUUUAUUGGUAAAUUUUACUCAUUAUUAACUCUUGAGAGCUAAAAAACAGCGGAGUCUCCAUUAUCUGGAGUCUGCCCCUCUAUCUUAAUUUGGAGACUUAGUAUUGCUCACUGGCAUUACUUGAGCAGGUUGCUAGAAAUGCCAGAAUGUGUGAUGGUUCUGUGAUUCAUAUUUUUAAAAAAGAGAUGGGAUUAGUUCAUCAACCUACGCUGCAUGGCCAAGCCUAUGUUAUACAUUUUUCCUUCUCAAAUAUCUUUAAAAUUACAUCUAAAGUUGGUAUGGUAUCCUUAUUCUUAAAGAAUAACUCCAAAAGUUUUAAAAAUCCAUUUCAUAAAUAGAAAUAAUUGGGACUGCAAGAGUCUCCACCCUGUCAUAAGUAAAGAGGUCUCUGGAACAUUAGUGCACAGAGUUAAGAUAUCUAGGCUGAGUUCUUGGCAAUUAAUUAUAUGCCAGAACUAGGAAUGUAACCAGCUUUUCACUCUCCUUCUUCAGCUUUAAUUAGAGUUGGACAAAAAACAGGAACAUUGUGACAAAAAAAGGGACACAUUUUUCAUCCAAAAUUUUCUAAUUUCAAAAAUGUUUUAUCAUCUGCAGCAUUGGCUUCAAUACAAGUACUAUGCAUCCUUCUACCUUUGUGUCAGCAUUAUAAAAAGAACUGGUAAUUAAAUUAGUCCUGUGAUCAACAGAGAGUUAUAUAUGAAUAUUUUUGACAGGUUGAGCCAUAAAUAAGAAACUACAAGGAGAAAUCCAGGGUUACCAAACCUAAUAUUAUUUAAAUUUUAUGCUGGGUAACACAUGCUGAAGAUUUGGCCAUUUUCUCAGUCUCUUUACACUUAGUUAAUGCUUGCUAAUCUUGUGAGUUUAAAAAAAAAUAAUUCUAAAACUAUAGUUUCAUUCUGCAGUCUUUGUCAAAGCAAAACAAAACAAAACUCUGAAGCUGGAUGCUGGUUGAGGCCUGAAAGCAUCCUGCCUUUCUUGCCUCCCGAGAGCUCUGCCCAAGUCAGGAGCAAAUAAACUGUUCAGGAUGUACCCCUUGUAAUUCUGUACUUGGCAACGCAUCACUUGGAGAAUAUCAACAUGUUUUACUGUGAAUCAUUGUAACUAACUUGCUCAUAUUUUACAUGAGGUCAUACAUACUGUAGCCCUAUUGCUAAAUAAAUCCAGCUCUGCAACUUAAGAGCACAUUAGUAUGAAACCCACAUGCUGUGUUCCAGCUUCUACUGUGAAGGCUGGAGGUUUAAGAUCAUUAUGUCUCUUUACAGCACAUUAUCUAAAAUUUUAGUCAAAUUCAUGAAAAUAAUGGAUCGAUUCAAAAGCUGACUGUUUCUACUGACACAGCUGACAGCUACCAAGUCAUCUAUCAUUCCUUUCUUGUUUUUCUUCUUUUUUUUYCCUCCCUUUUAACAGCAUGUGCAGUCAACAAGAAAGUCCAAUAAAAACACUUUGUGCUUUUAUGAAGUCUAAGGAAUUGUUCAAAUUGCCACUGCUAGGAAGUGAUGCAUGUCUCCAACAGAGAUAGGCUUGCAUUGCUAUUUAUAUUAUCCUGCGUCUACUGCAGUCAUAUGUAUAGUACGAAAUCAAAACAGCCGUAGCUGUACUAAUUUUGAUUAAUAAAGUUUUAGCCCUUUCAUUUUCAUGUGCUUCUUGUGAAAAGGGGGUUAUUGGCAUCGUUGACAACCUAGGGUCAAUGUGGGAAGUGACCAGCAGCUGAGGGAGAAUUUGUCUAUGUGCACUGCCCGCUGAAGCAGACUGGCUGUGAAAUCAGGCAUUUCUUAGGGAAUAAAAUUAUCUCAGUUUCCCCAUCUCCUCAAAAAGGGUAACAAAAGCAAUAAAAGUCACUUGAUGAGUGUAACACUGGCAAGCUGCAGAGACAAACCCACAAGGUUUCUCUUUAGCUUCACAUUAGAGAACAUCAUUUUCAAGGUGAGUUGGAGUUAAUUUAAGAUUUGUAUUACACAUUCACUGGAGGUCGCGAUCUUAGAAAAAAAUCUCUUUUGGGAAUAUAUAGGAGUUGUCUAUCUUUCUCUUUUUUUCCCCACUAUAUUUCCCUUUUUUUUCCACUGUAGUUCAGCACUCUGGAUUUUCAGUCAGGAGCUUCAGUAGCAUCAGUGAAUAGUCAGAGGCUUUAGCAGUGUCCAAUUAAACAAAAAAAGAAAUUAUGCAGAUCUGAAUCAUGGAUUUACACAUCACCAGAUACAUGUGUCUGGGAGGGAAAACUGGCAUGUUCCAUACAUUCAUGACUUGUGUGGGUAGAGUUUAACUGAGUAUUCAGGCUGAUGCAAGCGCAAAAACUGUUGCAGUAGGAAGGCACUCAUUCCAACUGCUUCAGAUCAGUAAUUAAAAACAAGGUUUGAUAGCAAUCUCUCUGUAAGCAGAGCUUCUCCACUCAAAUGAUCUUCACCCUUUAGGCUACAGAACAAGAAGGAGUCACCAAAAUUAGUAUUAGGUACUUACCAAAAGCGCUUGAAAUAGCCACCUAGUUGCCAAAAGAUCUGAAUCACCACUGGGAAAAUAUAUUCUCUCUCUCACUUUUAUAUUCUCCCUGCUUCUCUAUUUAUAGGGAGCCUAGAAUGAACUGCACACUUAAUUCAGGUCUCUCAUGUAAUCUAACUGUAUUCUUCACAUGCACAGAACCACCACCAUCUGCCACCACUAAAUCUCCAUCAUUUGGCCUUUCCACAUCUCAUUCCCUGCAUAUGAAGCAUUGCAAAGAACCCUAAUGCAAGGUCCAGAGAGAUCAGCUUCGUCUUGAUCAGGAUCACCCAUUCACACCCGGCCAUGCAAUAGCUGUGCUCCACACAAUUMCUGAGCAUUUUUUGCUUAGAUAAGACAAAAUACUGGAAAGUUAAAACAAGCAGAAAGCAACAGGUAUUUAGCACAACAAAACUAUGAAACUUCAUAUGCCACUCAUGGUUUCGCAACCAGAUGAAAAUUAGGCUAGAUAUUCCUAAAUCCAUACAGCUUUAACUGACUGUAUUUAAUUGGAAAUUAAAUUUUUAAAUGACAAAUGUGACUUUGAAGGCUGGGUCACCAAUCUCUGUAUUUGCCAGCUGACCUGAGCAGUUGACUGUGGCCCAGGUUCACCCAUAAUUUUCACCUACAUUAGAAGCAGCUACAGUAUUAUAUAGCCUGUCUUGGUCUGCUGUUAAUAGCU